GGGCACGGGCGCAGCACGAAGUCGUCAUAGGAGCUAUGAACAUCUCCAGGCGAACUCUCAAAGGGAGUAAUGAAGGCUUUGUUGUUAUGAGUGUUCGCGCGACGGUCAGCGGCCCUCGAGCCUAACGGGACGACAAGUUCCGCCUGCGAGCGGGAGUGCGAACCCAUCGACCAUCAAACCGUCCUCGCACCCGUGCUUCAGUAUACUCGUUUACCUGCUUGAACCCUUCGAGCUGCUAGGGGUACACUAGGGACUCUAACUGCUGCAGCGCGCAGCACUAAAAGCAGCGACUUCCAGCAGCGACUUUGAGCGAUAUUUCAUGACUUGAAGUGUUUCACAGAAGAACGUUUCUUAGCCUUGUUUCUGAGCACAGUAGGGUCUUUGAUGGAGGGACUCUGAGACGCUGGACCGGCCCGCUCGCUUGGAUGGGCGUGCUUGCAAGGACUUGGGGUCCCAAGUAAACAGCUGCUUGCUUAUACGAGCUCCGCUAUGGAAAUUGGAAGCAGCUGCGGAGGCAUUGUUGGAUAGGAGCGUCUUUCGUGCGCUGUUCCACAAGGCACCGGCCACAGAAUGCAGUGGCCCGCUUCCUCUCAUCAGUAAUCAUAAUGCACAGGGGCGCCGGGGCCAGGGCCGAGACAACAGUCACGCGUCGCAGCCAUUCGUAGUGCGGGGAUUCCUGCACAAAGGACAAUUUGAGUGAUGCUGGCCCAGUCACCGUGCGGUUAUGGUGCUGAUGGCUCAGCCGUGUCGCGCGACGCCUUCGUCACUGCUGCGUGUCCGCCGACUUCUGGCUGUCGCUGCCAUGGCGCGGACGAGGCGGACCCGCAGCGCGGUGCGCCACAGUCGCCGACUGCGCCCUACCUGUCAAUGCGGGCCUGGUCCUUCUUCAUGGGGGGCUCAGCAAUUCCUCUCUACGUCCCUGCGGACCUAUCGCAGCAGGCGUGCGGUCAGCGGCGACAGGUUUCCAUGAAGCUCCCGGACCUUGAGCCGGAGGAUCUGCCCAGCGACUUCCUGGAGUCUUUUGCAGCGCGGCUCACAGCCAGCAGCGGCGGGCAGAUGACGAUUGCGUCUGCAGCUGCGCGGCGCGGCUGUGUCAUCAUCGUCCUGGACGUGAUCGGGCCCUGGCAGCCGCAGGCCACGCUGGCCGCUGUUGCCUCCGCCGCCGGCACUGCGGCGCCGGCGGACGCGAGCGGGAUGGGUGCCUCAGCCGUGCACGUGCUACCGCCGCCGCUGGCUGCACUGCUUGCGGCGUUGCCAGUACAGCGGCAACUGGGCAUGCGUGUGGUGUUCCGGCAGCCCGCUGCAACCGCUGCUGCGGCCGGGGCAACGGAACCAGCCUCAGGGCCGGAGGCGGCCGGCGCGGCAGCGCAGGAGCGGGCUCAGCGCGAGGCAGGCGUGGUGGUGGAGUGGGCCGGGCCUGAGCACGGAUGGCGCAUGCUGCCCAGUGCCGCCGUGCCUGCGCUGUCGGCUGGUGAGUAUGGGCACAGCGAAAUGGCAUCCUCAGGCACGGAUGCUGGAGAGCAGAGUCUACCAGCAGAGCGGCAUGUGGGCGGUAGCGACCAGGAAGCCGGGCAGUGGACUUCAUUGGAAGGCUCGCUCUCCCUGCGGUCAGGUCUACCGCAGCGAUCUGGGCUUGCCGAGCCGUCAGCGUCUUCGGCAGCCAACACGCGACUUGGCGUUCCACCCGCUGCGAGCGCUCACCAACAACGCCCACGGCCACCGUCACAGUAUUCCCACGCGGUACAGCAGCAACGGCUGGCGCGUGACCUGCCAUCCUCCCGCAUGAUCCUGGCAUCCGGCGGUCAUUCGGCGGCCAGCGCAGCCGCAACAGUGGCUGCAGCGACUGGCAGCGGACGGCUUAGUGGCAGCAGCUGCCACCUCACGGGAGCACGGGUAGCUGCUACCAGCACAGCCGGCGCAGCCAGACCAGGAGCGUCGCCGUCGUCGCCAUCGAGCGAUGAGCACCGUGCGAGCAGCAGCCUUCCUGCGCACAUCCUCUGCAGCCUUCGCAGCGCGCACGGUAGCGCGGCCGACCUCAGGAGCAAGGAAAGCGAGGCUGGCGGUAUGGGCGGGCGCUGGCAGCUGCAGGCUGAUCUUGGUCCCGCCGAUGGCAUGGAUUCAAUGCCGGCAGGCCGUGUCUUGUCCGCCGGAGGCUCCGUCGGCGUGGCGCCUGGGGGACAGCUCUCGACCCAGCAACGGGCGCGCAGCUUCGGCGGAUCAGGAGCUGCCGCGGUGCUCGGUGGAGGUGUGCACGGCGGUGCACACGUGCGCGGCAGCGGCGCAGCCAGCCACGUGCCCAGCGGCGGCGCUGCCUCCUUGAGCAGCGAUGGCGGUGUCGUUGCAAGCACGGGUGGCACGCACAGGCAGCUGGUGCAGAGACUGAAACAGUCACGAGGCGUCCCUCCAAUGGGCGCUACGGCAGCAGGUAGCGUGGAUUCUGGCAGCGGCAGCGGGGGCAGCACGGCAGCUACGGCUGUUGCAACUGCGGCAGCUGCAGCUGCCGCGGCGGGGGCUGCCAGCAUUUUGCGCCGGCGCGCACGGAGUGCGAGCGUCCCGUAUGGGCACCCCAACGGCGUUCGCGCACUGCUGGAGACGCACCACGAGCACGGUGAGGAGCUGCCGUCACCGCCCCUGCGCAAGCGCGCCGACACGCCGGGCCCGCAGUCCGGGCCCGCAGGGUCUGGCCAGGCCCCGGCGUCAGCUAACAGCGCGAAUGAGGCCCGCGGCAGCGGCGCCGGAGCCAGCCACCUCGGCGCGCGCACCAGCUACGGCAUCAAUGAAUAUGACAUGACGACCAGCGACACAGCCAUCCGUGAUGUCACGCGCUCAGCAACCCCGCGGCCGCCGCAACACGUGGCGAGGACGACGGCUGCGGUCGCGCCUGCUGUCGUGUCGCGGGCGUUAGGCUCGCGGUCAGGGGCUGCGCCACUUGGCGCAGCUCAAGACCAGGGCGGCUGGGCGGCUUGGGGACGCACCGUAAGCGGUGGGGUAAUUGAAGGCACGCAUGUCCCAAUCGCCCUGCGUUGGGGCCAUGCGGCACCAGCCGCAGCAACAGCAGAGGGUUACAGUGGGUUUGGGGGCCAGGGCGGCGCGCUGGCGGCCUCGACGGCAAUGGUCCAGGACGCGACAGUGCGUGCGACGUACGCCCGGACUGGGUCCUUCAUGCGGCCGGGGGCGUUGGCGGCGGCUGUAGGGCCUGCUGCCGAUGCUGCGGGCAUGUCGACAGCAGCGGGUGCCGGCAGCGCCUUCUCUUCCGGCCUUCACGCGGGCCCGAAUUUCCUGGGCCCGACGCAAAGCCAGGGCCACAACCAGAGCCGGCAUACGAUUGCUCUGCGGCAGCUGCAGUCCUACCGCCCCGGGUCAUCCAUGGCUAGCCGCGUGGAGUGGGGCGCGGUGAACACAGACCUGGACCUGCUGUGGAGCUCGCCGCGACCCUGGGCGGUGACCGCGGCCGCGGCAACAGGCCCUCGCCGCGGGCCGCUGCAGCCAGCCUCGGGCGCUGGCGGCCAGCAACUGACGCCCUACUUGUCUUCCGGGUCGGCGGUUGCUGCCAUGGCUGCAGCCACUGCUCUAGUGGCUAGUGGCCAGGGCUCACAGCAGCAGCGGCAGCGCUCCGCAGCGCGGCACCUGCCGGUGACCGCGGCGGCUGGCGCGGCGGCGGCGGCGGCAGCGCAGGAGCUCUCAUCCACUGGCCUACUGAGCAACUUGCCACCGCAGGCCCUCGACACAGGCUUCACCGAGGCUUGUGCUUGGCUGAUGCAGACGCAGCGGCAGCCGCCGCUGCAGCCGCCGCUGUCGCACUCGCAGCCACAGGCGGCACAGAGGUCGGAGCUCCAGGAGCUGCAGCAGAGCUUAAAGGCGCUGCCGCAGCCGCAGCCGCGCCAGACGUCGCCGGGCCAACAGAAACAACAGCAGCGGCAGGCGCGCUCACUGCGGCCGGAGCAGGCUGUGCGGCAGGCUCAGCGCAUGCGGCUGCUGUGGCGCGGCAGCAGCGGCGAGGCGCCGGCACGACUGCCCUCGGGCAACAGCGCCGGCUCCGACGAUGCCGACUUAUACAUGCUGGACGAAGCCCUGGCGUCCCUGGUGGCCGAGUAUCAACAUCCUCUUAGGGAUGACGCUACAGGUGCUGCUGUUGCCGACGGCGCGGCGACUGCUGCCGAGCCGGGUCGAGCCGCUGGAACGGCCUCGGCCGCGGCCGCCACGGCCGCGGAGCCCCGCCGGCAGCCGCCACCACGUGAUGUGCGCCCGCGGUUGCGGCUGCAAGAGGCGAGCGAGGGAGAGCCUGAGCUCGAGGCUCUGCUGCUGGGUGGGCCGCAGGAACCACACGACGCGGCUGAAGAGGAGGGCAGCGGCGGCAGCGACGUGAACGGAAGCGCCGGGCCGGUGCAGGCACCUGCAGCGGCACGGUCCGGCACCCGCGCGCCCGGCAUCGCGCCCACCAAGGCUGCGGCUGCCAGGGCCGGAUGGGCGGGCGGCGUGUCCAUCGCGGCUGUAGGUGCCGCUGCGUCAUCAGCAGCUGCGACGGCAGCUGCGGCAGGGCCUGCUACAGCCAGCUCGGGCAUCAACAGCGGCGGCACGGUCUCUGAUGGACCCACAUCCUCCGCAGUGGCGGUGGCGCCGCUCGGCUUUGCGGCGGCGGCGGCCGCGGCCGUCACCGCCUCGCAGUCCUCUGGCGGCCCGGGCACCGGCGCCGGCGCGCACGUGGACACGAGCAUGUCCAUCGCCGCCGCGGUGGGCGUGUCCGGCCUAAUGUCGCUGUCGCAGCCCGCCGCGCCCUUCCUCAAGGUCCGCCAGUCGCCCACGCCUGGCGCUGCGGACGCCACCUGUAGCGCCUCCACGGCUGCGCUUCUUGCUUCUGAUGCCAUGGACACUGCGGGCUCGAUGGAGGUCACGACGGAGGCCGCGGCGGAGGCCCUGGCAAACGGCAACGCCGGCGCCGCAACGCACGCGGCAACACAGCAGCGGCGACCACAGUCAGAUCGCGAAAGGAGCAUCUCUCCGCCGGUACAGGCGGUGCAGGCAGCCGAUGCGGCUGAUGUGGCUGCUGGCGCCGGGACCGGUGGAGGAGGGGAGGAGGCACCCGGCACUGCCAGGCUGGGUGGUGGCAGCGGCAGGCGGCCCGCCAGCGAGCCGCCGGGGGCGCACUUCCAGGGCCAGUUCCAGACGUACGGCGCCGCAUCCGCGUACUGUGACUCGUUCUGGGCGACCACCAUUCCGGAGGCCACGGGCGAGGGCAGCCAGGAGAGCGGCAGCGGCGACCACGACCAAGCGAACGCCCACCCGGCACCUGCUGUCGCCACGCAUGCGCCUGCCGCCGCCGCCGUCGCGGCUGCGGCAGCACAUGCCGAGCCGAGCGUCAAGGAAGCGUCUGCGGGCGGCUCGGCUGCUGCGGCGGCGGCUCUGGCGGCGCUCGGUACCAGGGGUACGUCCCAGGGAACGGCGGUGCGUGUCGGCGGCUGCAGCAGCAGUGCCCUCCGUGCGCUGUCCUCUGGCCUCGAUAACACAGGCGAGGAUGACGGGGAGGAGGACGAGGGCGGGCUGGUCGUGGUGGGUUUGGACACGGACGCGGGCAGUGAUGGCGAGGCGGGCGCUGAGACGGCAGAGCUGGGCGCGCUGCUGACACGCGUGUCGAGCGCCACCAUCCGCCGUGUGGCCCUGGAGGCGAUGGAGGGCAACUGGCUGGGAGGCCCGGAUGAUGCGGGGCCGGAGCUGGUGGGCGCGUGUCCAGUGGCCAUGGAAGAGGAUGGCGGUCCGGACAGGCAGGAAAGCAGGGACAGCCGCAGCGGGCGCUGGGGCACCAGCCGAAGCAGCUGGAGCGGCCGCGGCCCGCCGCCGCCCUCGGGGCACGUGACCAGCGCGGAGGGCAUGAGCGGCGGUCUGCCGGGCCGCGGCCGGGCGCCGGACCAGUCUAUGUUUGCGACGCUGCCGGACGCGACCGAGCCGCUGCAGCCUUCGCCGGCGCGGCCGGCCCAUCCAUCUCAGCGGCAGGAGCACCAACAGGAGACCCUGGCGCAGCCAAGCCACGGCCUCCGGGCAGCGCCGCGGCAGGCCUCGUACCAGCUCCGCCGUUCCGCUGCCGCCUACGGCGCCUUCGCCGACUCGACAGCAAUGGCAAACGCCGUCGCCGCCGCCACCGGCCUGGACUCCAUCGCCAUCUUCACUGACGCCGACCCUUGGGCCAGCUCGCUCUGGGACCGCAGCGCCGCCGCGGCGGCAGCGGCGGGCGCCGCCGGCGGCGCCGCCGGCGAGGCGGCCGUCGCCGCCGCCAUGAUGGUGAUGGGCCCGCCAACGCUGGAGCCGGCGGCGCUGGUGCCGCCGCCCACCCCUAUGUGCUGUGCCAGCUUUACUGUGCACGGGCUGCCGCCCACGUGGGCUGCCGCCCCGCCGCCGACGUCAGGGGCUGACAUCGGUGCUGGCGGCGGCGGCGCCGUCGCGGCCGGGCCGUCGGCGUGGCGGUGCAGCUCUGUGAUGUCGACGUUGAGCGUUGCUGCCAACGGCGGCGGCGCUGGCAGCUACUGGGGCAUGCUGACGACCUUCGUGUCGCCGCCUGGAGAUGAAGGUGCUGCCGCUGCCGCCAAUGGGGCCUCGCCCAGGUCAGGCGCUACAGGCGCCGGCGGCGGUGGUGGCAGUGGUGGCGGAGCCGACGGCAGCGGCGGAUUGCUGGUGGCGGUACGGUGUGCCGGCCGCUACCUGCCGGUGCAGUGGAACUGGCGUCACCAGCAGCAUGUAGGCGCCGCCGCUGCAGAGGCCGGCGCCAGCACGGGCGCGGGCGCGCUGGUCGCGGGCUCACCUGUCCUGGAGCUGAGCGUGUCGGGGCUGAUGGGCCAGGGCCUAUUGGUGGUGGAGGUCUGGUACGGGGGCGUGUACUACGCCUCGCUUCCCGCCGUGGUCACAUAUGAUCCCCGCCUGGUCGACGACCUGCUCGGCCGCGCCACCUCCGGGACCAGCAGCGCCAGCGGCGCCACACACACCUCCCACUCCCACCGCCACGCCCGCCGCCACCGGCACAGCGAGCGCCGGCCCGGUAGCGCUGCGCGGCAUCACCGCAGCUCCACGGUGCAGGCGGCAGCAGCAGGUUCAGCAGGAGCCACAGCAGCGGCAGUAGAGCAGGGCCGGAGCGGCGGCGGCGCGGGCGCGGCUCCCCGUGCCCCCGUGCCUGAUGAUGUCGUGUACGACCUGGGCAUAUGGUUGCAGUACGUCGCGAGUACGGCGCCGCUUUUCCGGCGCGAGGCCCUGGCCGUGGUCACCACCGCCGCCAUGGCCACCGCAGCCUCUGCGGCCCCCGCGGCGACGUUGGACGCGGUGGCGCCGGCGCCGGAGCUGGAUGUUGGUGCCGGCCUGUGGCGCCCCACGCUCGAUACGGCCUCAGCCGCGGAGGCGCGCGUGCCGCGCAGCAACUUCACCGCGCUUGCAGGCCGUGUACACCCCGCGGCGGGGAGCCCGACGCCAGAGGUGGUCCCGGCCCCAGCCCCAGCGCGGGGAGCGCCUCGGCGUGCGCUGAUGGACACGGCAGCCACCUUCCACCUCGGCGGCCCGCAGACCACCACGCAGCAGGCGCGCGGCGGCGGCGCGGCGGCGGGUGCGGCAGGCGCAGCCGGAGCAGCUGACACGCACAACCCCCCCGUGGCUGGGGCCAGCGGUGGCGGGCACGCGGCGCCGGCGUUCGCGGGUGCAGCCUCGCCGCUUGACGACGCGCGCCCAGGCUCCGACGCCUCGCUGCUGCCCAUGCCCAUGCAACUGCACGUGCAUCACGAUCACGAUCGGGAGCAGGAGCAGGACACCAUGCAGGAGCUGCAGCCCUCAGACGUACUGCGCUACACCACCGCGCCGCCGAGUGCGGGAGGCGGGCUCGAGCAAUGGCUGCCGCGCUCCGGCGACACGAUGGGCUCCUCCCAGAUAUUUUCCUCCUCCAGCGUCGCCGCCUUCGCCGCCAGGAGCCGCACAGUGCUGCCGCUCCCGUCGGCGCCGGUGCCAGCAGCAGCACUGCCCGAAGGCGCCUCCGCGGGCACCUCCACUGUUGUCGCGUCCGCAAACAAUGUCGCGAUGUUCAUCCCGGCUGACUUUGAGGCGGCGGAGGCCGCCGCCGCCGCAGCUGCAGCCUCCACGGAAGGCUCGACGUUCCGCUCCGACGGCACCGCCUUUUCGAACGUUGGCAUUCACUCGCAGCUUCAAAACAGCGCCUCCUCGGCCGCGGAUACCGCUGGCGGCACCGCCCGUGGCACGGCUACGGCAGCCCUGGCGGAGCUGGCACAGCCGCUUGCGGCCCUGGGGCCGUCCGGCGGCAGCGGGGCCGAAGACGAAGGUCGCGGGCUGGGUGACGCCGCCAUCACCGCCACCAGUGCCUCCAUGCUGGACUCGGCGCCGCCGUCGCGCCGUCGCAUCUGCCACGACAGCGCCGCCGACAUGACCGUCCCCAUCCUGCCCGGCUCAGUGGACAUGUCGGCUGCGGUGGCGACGCUUCAGCGAGGGCCGGCCUACGGGCAGCAGAUGCAGGAGUUGGCGGUAGGGCUGCUAGCCUGGCUGGUGUUCGCGGGCCGGCCCGUCGCCGCCGCGGUGGUGCUGCGCGGUCUCAUGGGCCACCGCGCCCUGCGCUUCACGGAGGUCUGCGAGGAGGUGCGCCGCCUGGGCUCCGGGGCCGCAGGCGCCGCCGCGCGCGGCGCCGGAGGCGGCGGCAUCCCGGGCCUUGGCACCGGCGGCGAGGGCGCGGCCGGCGGCGGCUUCGCCGCUGUCGGGUACGGCGGCAUGGGACUGUUGCACCUGGCCGUGCACUCGGGGCGGCGGGAGAUGAUCGAGGCGGUGGUGGGCUGGUCGGCAGCGCUCAGUCCCGUGUCGCAGGCCGCCGGCAGGAGCAACGCGAGCCACAACAGCCGUGCAACGGAACUAUCACCGGCCGCCGCAGCCCCAGACCUCGCUGCGGCAGGGCUGUCCGUUGCCGUCGGCGGCGCCGCGCUCCCGGCGUCGGAGUGGUGCGAGCUGUGCGCGGCGGGAGUGGGCCCAUUACAUCUGGCGGCAGCGCUGGUUAUGCCGGCGGCGACGGUGGCAGUGGGAGCCGCGCCCGGCGCCAGCGGCGGCGGCGGCAGAAGCCCUGACGCGACGGCGGCAGCCGCAGACGCCACGCCGGGACUGGAGGGCGUAGACGCGGCGGGGCUUGACACGCUGGUCUGGUUGCUCACCACCUUCCCCGAGACCCGGGCGCUGUGGGGCAUCGCACGCGACGCGUACGGCACUACGCCCGGUGCCAUUCUGUCGUACUACCUGCGCGCUCUGCCACCCGCCUCCGCCGACGCCGUGCGCCAGGCGUUGGUGCCGCUGGUGGGCCCGGAGUGGAUGUGGGCGCCGGCGUCACUGCCCGAGUUGACUGUGGCAGAGCGCGAGCUGGGGCACGGCUUGCACUCGCAGCAGCUUGAUCAGCACCAGCAGCCACCGGCGUCAGCGCACGUUGCAGCGGCCGAGCUGCAGCCGGCCUGGGCUCGUCACCUGUUCCAGCAGCCGCAGCAGCAACAGCAGCAGCCGCAGCAGCAACAGCUGCAGCAGCUGGUGAGCGGGACCGGGAAUCCAACUUGGCCGCCAGCUGUGACAGUUGCGGCGGUGGGGGAUGGCGGGGCUGCCGAGGAGGCGGAGGGCGGGCACAGAGGCGCGACCGGCGUCCACGCUGUGCCGCGGGCGAUGGCUGGGGAGGCGGCGGAGCUGGGCGCCGUGCCGGCGGUGCAGCGCCUGGCACGCAUUGCUCGGCUGCUGGCGGCGCUGGCAGCGGUCGCAGUUCUGCGGCCGCAUGCGCCGCCGGCGAACUCGCCAGGUAGCGCUGCGGCUGCGACGUCUGCAGCUCCAGCACAAGUAGGUGCCAGCAAUGCCAAUGCCGCCGCCGCAGGAGCAGGCAACGCGCGCGCGGACUCGAUUCGCGUGGCACUUGGCGCGGAGGUGCGCGCGCUGCUGCGCGAGCUGCUUCUGCAGGCGGUUGCAGACCCCGCGCCUGUGAUGCUGGUGGCAAUGGCGCUACUGGCUGUACUGGUGGUGCGCGUGUGGGACGCACUCAGCCCGCCGGGGCAGCAGUAAGGCACCUACCAUACCGCCGUCACCUCGCCUGCAUGAGUGAUGGCUCCUUGAGGCUAUAUCAUAAUACUGGCGGGGUUUGCAGUUCACCACAGAGCUCUGCGAUAUGCAAGCUCCCAUAUACAAUACAACUUCCUCCUUUGGUAUUGCAUGAGCGCACGUGCGUGUCGACCACGAAUGCAUGCUCGGAGUACCGUCAUGGGAAGCAAUGCAUGAAAUGGUGCGGCUCUUUUGCAGGCCGCCGCGAGCUUUUGACUGGAACACAAGCCAGUUCCUAGAAAGCAGCUUCAGAGGCGCCAGACCGCCUGCAAUGGAAGGAGAGAAAAACGAUAGCGAUGCAAAUAUGCAGUAAAGCCUUAGUAGAAAUAGUGAUGUUACAUGGAAGAGCGCUGCACCGCUAAAAGGACAGGAAUGCAUCGAGGACAAUGCAUGGAGGGCAUGUUACAUGGCUUUGGAGGGUGUGCAGAACAAGCACCGGAGUGGGGGGCUCAGGCCGGGGCGCAUUGAGGCUAAGUCGUAUAUUCUCAAGAACAAAUGAAGCAGGUGUACGUAAGCAAAGGACUAAUGUCAACAUGGUGCGGAGGUCGCAUUGUUGAUGGCUAUGGUUGGGCACGCCGAGUCGGCGGGGCUUUCAUGGGGGUUGGGCGGCUGUGUUGUACCCUCGCACGUGUACCGUAGCCUGCCCGUUGCUGCACUUGCAGUGCCCCGCCCGCCCUGGAACCAGGGCCGGACUGAACGUGGCGUGUCGAGGCAGCAUCAGGAGACACCCUACCGCGGGGUGGGGCUUGGACGGGCGUUGGUGUGCAAUGGCACACGCACACAGAGGUUGUGCCGGCAGGCAUGGCAUUCUUGGGCCAACGAUGAAUUGAAGGCUAUUGCUCCUCUGCAGGGCGACAGAGGACAUGACGUAGGUCAUGCGAAGCUGACAUUAAAUAAAUGAGGGUGACAUGCGACGGUGGUGGUUGGGCAUGUGCGCGCAGACCGCUAGCUGUGGACGCGCUGGGAGAACGUGUACCAGGGAAGGGGGUAAACCGGGAGAGACGAGGUAGUGGGGGCAUGACCCUGUCUCCCCAGGUUUCCGGGUAUGUUUGCACGUAUGUGCAAAUGUGGGUGUGCGUAUGGGUGUGUGUCCAGCGGCGUCUUCGAAAGCUCGCGGGGGUGUGACGACCAUCUUGCAGGGCUGGCCUUGCAUCCAGGUGCCGUGUGUCCCUGUGUGCAUGCAUGUUGAUGCUUGCAUGCGGAAGUGUGGGGCAACGGCAUCAGGGAGAAGGCAAGUAAGCUGGAUAAAGAAGGUAAAGUGCUGACGCACGGGCGCGGCAACAGAACGUAGGCGAUGGCCAGGCGUGGGCUGCAAAAGGUGGCACACAGAACCCAACAAACUUGCCCAUAAUACGUAAGGGAAGUAUAGCCACAAAGCAACAACGGCACGUGUUGCGCCAAAGAAAGCUGAGUGUGGGAUCCCUGGUUGAUUUGGGCGACAUUGCCCAGCACUGCUGAGGUUGCCCGUGCUGCUGACUCACGUGAGCAAAGGCUGUGUGGACAAGCUGGUCUUUCAGGGUAUGUAUGGUUGAGGUUUGAAAUCUGUUUCGCUGCACAUCCGCAGGUCAAGGCCUGCUAAGGAGCUUGUUUGUUGGUGAUUGUUUCUGUGCCCAACCGUAGUGGUUACGGGCGUGAUGGCAUGGAGAGAACACAUGCCCCGAGUGUGCGAUGGUGGUGCAGAUGAUAAAAGCAGUGACAGGGUGGCGAGCAAGGAGGAGACGGUGCCGUGUGGCGCGCCUCUCACGGGCACAGCCUGGGUACGCGAGUGCUGGGCCUCGACAAAGUGUGAAUAUAGCUGCCUGGCACAGGGCGUGACGGAGGUGUCUGGAUGCGGUGCGGGGCAAGAGCUCCAAGCUUGUCACGAGCUUGUAUAGGCUGGCUCAAAGAUUCUGGUUCACCUGCUCUAGGCGCAAACUCAACACAUUGCUUCGGCGUGUGGGGACGCGGCGUUGGCGAGAGCCACGGAUGGCCCUAGUACCGUGGGGGCAUGUCGCACCCGUGGAGGGCACUGUAGGCCAAGGAGUGAGCAGGCGGUGGCUGGAGAAGCGGCGGUGAUGGGCACAUGUUCUGUUUGUUUGUUUGUGGAGUUACGGACUUACGGCCAACAGGCUGGUGCAGCCUUGAUGCGUUAUGGCGGCAGCUCAGUCGCUGUCAUUUGUGAUACGGGCAAUGGGGUGCUGAGCGAUGCCGCCUCACCGCCAAUCGGUGUGACACGGCAGAAAGGAUAUUCCAGUCCUUGAUGAAGCGCCUCAUGACCUAAUUGAGCUGAUCCCCAAAGACCGUAAUUGCCGCCGAUACACAACCCUGUGACGCUGUGUGAGGUUACAGGCUGGCGGAAGCCAGGGCCCCCUGAGUGCCCCAUACACCAUGCAG